AUGACCACUUCCGCUCCUCUCAUCGUUCUCACCGGAGUGACCGGCAAACUCGGCGGUCUCGUCCUUGACUUACUGCUCAAAACUCUCCCCCCUUCAUCCAUCGGUGUCUCCGUCCGCGACCCGUCCAAGGCGACCCACCUCGCUCAGCAGGGCAUCCGCGUCCGCCAGGGCAGCUACGACGACCCCACAUCCCUCGCUGAGUCUUUCGCCGGCGCCGACACUAUCCUGCUCGUUUCGUCCAACGACCGCUCGGGCAAGGGGGAGAGCCAUCACCGGACCGUCAUUGACGCAGCCAAGUCAGCUGGCGUUCGCUGCAUCUACUACACCUCGCACCAGGCCGCAUCGCCUACCUGCGCGUUCUGGCCCAUGCGGGUCCACUACGCUACCGAGGGGAUGCUGGCGGAGAGCGGGAUGGAGUACGUCUCACUCCGGAACGGGUUCUACAUGGACUCGAUCAACAUGUUCAUCCGAGGCGUACAGCAUACCGGGGUCAUCUCGGUACCGAAAGACGGCAAGGUGUCUUGGACGGCGCACGAGGAUCUCGCCAUGGCCACAGCGGAGCUCAUGCUCCGUCCGCGGAUCGAGCAGGGAAGGAGGGAGAUCAUUACGUUGGCGGCGGGCGAGGCGCUCGAUAUGGCAGACGUGGCGAAGGCGUAUGGAGAAGCGAAGGGGAAGGAGAUCAAGCGGGAGAUGAAGGAGGCGGAGGAGUGGAAGACGGGCGCGGUGGCCGGUGGCGUCCCGGAAGGGAUGGCGGACAUGUUGUUGGGUUUCUACGAGGCGUCAAGGCAGGGUGACUUUCUCAGCGAGGACGGGACCCUGGGCGAGUUGAUCGAAGGCAAGACGAUUAGCGUCAAGGAGAUGUUUGAGAAGCAUUAG